GCAUAAACAUCUAACAACUAUGUACAAUAUAAAUAUAUAUCGAAGAAUAUAUAUGAACAUAAAGAACAACAAUGGAUUUGGGGUAUUAGUGCAAAUAGAGGUGCAGUUUGUCUGAUUAAUUGUUGAAGAGUUAUGAUGAAACUACCACGAGUCUGAUUGAUGACCGCAGGUGAUUUCUCAGAUGGCUCCGGUGGUGUUAUGCGCUGUCUUCUUCCUGUUGUUGUUGUUGUUUGUGCGCACUUAUAAUAUCUCAUUAACUCAAAAACACGUUAUACGUUUAAAUUGAACGACUCCCCACUACCUGGAGAUGACAUUUAAUCGGUUGUAUAAACUUUUAAAGAGCAGAAACUUGAUUUAAAACAUAAAAAAAUAUAGAAACCGAAAGUAAGCUGUCCAAAGAGACCGCACCCGAGACAUUAUAUAAUGUUAACUUUUAAUAUAAAACACUGUUUUCACCACGAGAAGUCUUAACAAACCUACAUUUUAUUGGAACUGUGUCGGAUAAAGACAUAAGACUUACAUGUUGGCUGUCACUCGUCACCGCACAGACAUCGACCGUUCGCUCAUCGGAACCAGCCGCUGUGCUGCAUUCAGGUGCUCCUCGGACAUUUGUACAAUGCGCACUUACGGGCACGUAAAGUAGUCCGCUGCUUUUUAAAAUGCAAAUAUUCAAACAGAUCUUCUUUGAUUGCCUAAAAGAGAUUAUACCAUUGCAUUAAAAUCCAUUUAAUAACGUUUGAAGAAAAGGCUUUAACUAUUCACAUCAAUACGAUCCUUACUGUUACAUGUAUAAUAUAUAUAAUGGUGUACAUUUUAAUUCACAUCUUUUAUUUUACAAUCUAUAUAUUUGACCUCUAUCACACUUUGUACUACAACUGCAGCACAACAAUGUUUUAUCUUAUAUUUGAUCAAGAACCCCCCAGGUACUUUUUUAUUUUCAUCAAAUCAGAGACAUUGCUAUCUUGUUUACAAUUGUCCAUGAAGGCAUCAGAAGUUACGUUCUGGGUCGACCCGUGUGCUGCAUUAUGGGUAAUGUAGGCCAAAUAUAAAAACAUAUUCCUUCCUCUCCUCUGCAGUGAAACAUAGAAGCACAAGAGGGAGCUAAAUUCUUUCCCGCCGUGGAACAAAUCCUGUUCAUUACAUGCGACACAGAAUACAUGUUACAAUAAUCCUUACAAUAGUUAUUAUAAGACACACUGAGAUAUUGGUGAGUUUAGACCUGAAUGUUAUGUUGGUUACAGACUCCUAACAGAUCAGCCAUAGGACUUUUUACUUGGAAACAGUAAAUACGAACAAAUACCAAAUCCAAAGUGAGCUACCCUAUUUGUUUUCUUUACAGUUAUGAGCACAAUGCUGACAUAAUAUUUUCAAAUGGCAUUCAAAUCAAGACAUCAAAAACUUCCGUAAAGAUGAGUUGAUAGAAAUGACAAAAGCCAAAGUUCCAUUCUACGAGGGCUACAUUUUUAUCAUGUAUUUGUCAUAUUUGUUGCACAUGUUUUAACCUGAUGCCUUUCCAAAUCCCCUUUCGUACACCUGCUGGGUUGAAUGAAAUCAAAACCAUGUAUGUGCCUGUUAGUGGCUCUUUAGUGAGGCUGAGGUAAGUAGUCCAAUAUAUGAUGAUUUGUAAAACUGUGCACUCAAAGACUCAGUUGACUUUGUUAGUUUUAAAGUGAGUCGUUCACGUACCCAGAAGAAACAGGAUCUCAGAUCACGCUCCAUUAAUGCUGUCACAGUACAGCAGGUGUUUUCUAUCACACAAGCUACCUGUCGGGAGAAGGGCGUGGCCUCAAAGGUGCAACAUGCUGAAAAAGAUCAGACCUUAGAGAGCAGGGGUUACUUUUCUCUCUCUGUGAUUCAGUGUGGAUUUAAAUUCACAUUUACUCAUUUGAUCAAUAACAAAAAUAUAUUCGCAAUUUUUGUCUUUACUACAACAACACAUAUUAUGUGUUAAAUGUAGAUACAUGCUUAAAAUAAAUAAAAUAAUUGGUAAACCUAUUGCGUAAUGUUAAAAAAAAAGAUGCAGUUUUUGGAUGUUAUCUCCUUUAAACAAUACAAAGGUUUAAUCUGCCUUGCAUAUAAAUACAUAUUGUUAACUUAGUAAUUGUAUGAUGCAUCUUCAAUGUCAAGGAUUGAUUAAUAACACCUUAAAACAUGUGUUUUGUUGUUUGAUUGAAUUAUCUUACAUGACACAUAUGAUGAUACUAUGUAGUUGUUUAAGGCACCAGCAACUUACUUUGACGGUAGCACAGGAGGAGUAUGGGAUCGAACCACCGACCCAAAAGUAUAAGAAUUACCUGCAAACUGCAAGGUUCACCUGUGGAUGCAGCUUGUAGAUGUAUCUUUUCUCACCGGUGAACCAACAACCAAUCAGAGACGAUCACUCUCACACCCCCUGGAUUGUGAUUGGCUAAAGGCGUACCGGGGACGUUCCAUCUGGAAAUGAGCAGCGUGCGCGCAUGUGUCUCGAGUUCAUUCAUGUUUACAUGUGUAGGUUACGUCUCUCCACCGUGCGUCAAGCCAAGAAGACUACAACCACGACACAACAACAACAACACGAGGCUGCUCGGUCGGUGUAACGGCACCGGUAACAAGAGGACACACUGACGACUCUAAAAGGCAGACGGUGCAUGAGGUGGAGAUGUGGCUCAUUGGUUUGUCUGCUGAGGAGUGUGACAGCGUCUCAAAGGGCUCCUGAAACAAAGAUUUGUGUGUAGAGGCAGGCAGACGGACGGGCGGACGGGCGGACGAGGCGGCAUCUUCCAACACCUUCGUCCUCACAAAUGUAGGCUUUACAGAGCAGGAUGGGUCUACCUGUGGACAGUCCAGACAGAAAUGAAGAUGCACAUAGCUAUGAGCAGCAGGGAGAGGGAGAGGGAGGAGAAAGCCCGACUGAAGCCUGCACUCGCACCUCGCCGCCCAUCAACAACAAGAAGAGGAGGAAGAGCAAGAAGAGAUGACUGUGGACCAACCUCACCAACUGCAAAUAUGAAAGUGUGCGCCGCGCUGCUCGCAGGUACGGCCUCAGAGAGGCGAUGGAGGGUGACGACUGGACUCUUUUCUGGACCGACUGCUCCGUGUCUCUGGACCGCGUUAAGGACAUGAAGCGUUUCCAGAAAAUAAACCACUUCCCAGGGAUGAGUGAGAUCUGCCGCAAAGAUCUACUGGCGAGAAACAUGAACCGCAUGCUCAAGCUUUUCCCCAGAGACUACAAUAUCUUCCCCCGGACCUGGUGCCUUCCUGCAGAUUACAGUGACUUCCAAGCUUACACCAGGGCCAAAAAAAGCAAGACGUACAUCUGUAAGCCAGAUACCGGCUGCCAAGGCAAAGGCAUCGUCAUCACCAAGUCCAUUAAAGACAUUCAGCCUGAGCAUAUGAUCUGCCAGGUUUACGUCUCCAGGCCUUUUAUAAUCGACGGAUACAAGUUUGACUUGCGUAUCUACGUGCUGGUGACGUCGUGUGACCCAUUCAGCAUAUUCAUGUUCAAGGAGGGACUGGCUCGCUUCUGCACCACCAAGUACAACGAACCGACACACGGCAAUGUGGAUGACGUGUGCAUGCAUCUCACCAACUACUCCAUCAACAAGAACAGCGACAACUUUCUCCGUGACGAGGACACCGGCAGCAAACGAAAGCUGUCCACGCUGAACAAGCUCCUAGAGUCCAUCAGCUGCAACACAGACAAGAUGUGGAAUGACAUCGAGGACAUGAUCAUAAAGACUCUGAUCUCCGCUCACCCAAUCCUCAAGCACAACUACCACACGUGCUUCCCAAACCACACCACCGGCAGCGCCUGCUUCGAGAUCCUGGGCUUCGAUGUGCUGCUGGAUCACCGGCUCAGACCCUGGGUGCUGGAGGUGAAUCACUCCCCAAGUUUUACCACCGACUCGCAGCUGGACCGCGAGGUGAAGGACGCGCUGCUCUACGACACCCUGGUUCUCAUCAACUUGGGCGCCUGCGACCGCCGCAAGAUCACCGAGGAGGAGAGACGCAGGGUGAAGGACAGGCUGCAGCAAAACAGCACCAGAGAGGCCAGGUCAGAGGAGCUGCGUCAGUGCCAAGCAGCCACAGUGGAGCAGAUGGAGCGGUACGAGGCCAAACACCUGGGAGGCUUCAGGAGGAUCUAUCCCAGAGAGGACGGGGAGAAAUACGACAAGUACUUCAAACACAGCAGCUCGCUCUUCCAGGAGACUGCGGCAUCCAAGGCCAGAGAGGAGUGUGCCAGGCAUCAACUGCAGGAGCUGCGUCUGAAGCAGGAGCAGAGGGAGAGAAACAAGGGGGCAGGACGGAAGAGAGACCUGCAGGGGGAGACGGCGGGGGAGAGAGUCAAACCUCGAGGAGCUCAAACACAACCCCCCAACUCCAACUGUGACAGUGACCCGCUGCCGCUCCCUCCGUCCAGUGUGUCGCUGGAUCCUGAAGCUGCAGACGUCCGAGAGGAGAAGCAGCAGCAGCAGGAGGAGGAGGAGGAGAAGCAGGAAGAGGAGGAGGAGAAGGAGGAGAAGGAAGAAGAGGAGGAGGAGGAGGAGGAGGAGGAGGAGGAGAAGGCAGACGUAGAGGAGCAGGAGCGGGUCGACACGCUCCUCCAGAGGGAGAAACUACUGCAGGACCUCGGGGUGGUGGACCAGAUCCACCAGCUGCUGCAGGGCCGGACAGACGGAUUGGGGGUCCUGCAAGAGGCCUGCACCCAGCAGCAGAGUAGACCGGCUCAUCAGAGACGACAGACCCGACUACAGUUGGACUCUUUGACUCAGUUCUCCCAAAGAAGAAAGCAGCAGCCCUGCUCUCACUCACUGCAGCACAUCAGCUCCCACGUGACGCAGCGUCUGCUGAGGCCCACGAUGGACCAGAGGACCCUGAACCCGCCUGAGCCCGAGAGCCACAGCAGGACCAUCAGUGCCCAGCGGACUCACUGGCCAGCCGGUGCAUCUGUGGCCGUCCAGCAGGACACCAGGAGCAGCUCCUGGUCCCGUCCCAGCAUCCCGGUCCUAAACCACGUCCCCCGAGGACACCUGCGCUGCGCCUACAUGCCCCACGACCCCUUGGCCCUGCAGGGCCUGCUCGUCAUCUCCACUCCGGCCCCUCUGGUCCGGAGGCCUGGCUUGUCUCACAUGGUCCGCAACUCGUCCCGCAGAGCCCCCCCCCAGCAGCAGCCCGGUAAAGGCCAUGAGGAGCCGGAUUAGACCCACAGGAGAACUGGAGGUAGAGAGGCUUUAAGCUGGGAACAUAAAAGAAACACACUGUGCCUAUUUGAUGAAUCUCACGUUGGAUAGAUUUUAUAUCUGGACUCCUGCAGUUUACUCUGCUUGCCACUUUUAUAACCCUCCAGCACUACAGGAAAACACCGUUAUGGCUUUUUAAACUUUUUCUAACCUGCUGUGUGUUUGUGCUCACAUUUGUGUAAUAUUUUGCUCGGGGGAUAAAUCCUCUCAAACAAACCUCACCUACAGUGCCAAAGAGCAGACAAGUCUGAUUUAACACCUUAUGGGAUGUGUGAUGCAAACCCUCUGAAGCAAACCUAAUAAACUCACUGAUUACUGGGAGUUAAUACCAGCUGACAUUGGCUCAAUGAAACCCAAUGGAUAUUAAAGUAUUAUUAGUUAAGAUUAAAACCCUAUAUUUAAAGAGAAGCUGGGGAAUAUUAAAACAUAAAGGUCUUCUGCCUCUUUUCUGAAGGGAUUGUGAAGUCAAGUAUUGAAAAUCUUUUUGUUUUUGUUUUUGCACUGAUGAUGAAUACAAUAUCUUAUGUUUCAUCAUCUUUGUUUUUUAUUCAAUUUUCCAACAAAAAACAUUC